AUGCUCGUGCAGCUCUCGUCCAACACGGCGCUGACUAACUUUAUUCACUUCCAUGUAUGUAGUCCCAUCUCAUCGACCGACACUUCUUGGAUCAGCAGUUCCAUCCAGCAGAUCUUGACAUCACGCCUUCAUCACCUUCGACAGGACCAAGUCACGAAUGAGCCCGCUGUACGAAUACCACGAGCAUCACAAGUCUUCACGGCCUGUCUAGCAUCUGAUUGA